UUCUCGGGAGUGGCGGAUCCAUUUCUCUUCGUCGACGAACAAGCAUUCCACAUCCCGCCGGACGCCGUCCACCUUUGUCAGCCCUGCGUGGUUGUUCUCGGGCUAGCAGUGAAGAAGGUUCGAACCCUAAGGCUUUUUCUACUCCCAAAAUCCGAUCUCGUUGGUGGUUGUUGGCUCUUUGAUUUCAUGAAAUUUGGUGCCCAUGGCAAGCCAUCCUGGAAAAGCUACUCCAUCUAACGGGUCUGUGUAUGUGUGCAACUUGCCUUAUGGAACAGAUGAAAAUAUGUUGGCUGAAUAUUUUGGCACCAUUGGAUUGCUGAAGAAAGAUAAGCGUACAGGGAGACCAAAGAUAUGGUUAUAUCGAGACAAAGAGACUAAUGAACCAAAGGGAGAUGCUACUGUUACAUAUGAGGAUCCACAUGCUGCUGUAGCUGCAGUUGAAUGGUUUAACAACAAAGAUUUUCAUGGUAGUAUUAUUGGAGUUUAUAUAGCAGAGUCAAAAAGCAAGGAUGAUCAAGCAUAUAAUGCGGCUGGUGAACCAAAUGUUGGUGGUGCCAUUGAACUGGAGGAAACAACUAUGGAUGUGAAUGGAGGUGGUGGAAGAGGUAGAGGUCGAAAUGAUUCUUCAGGCAAAGCGUGGCAACAGGAAGGGGAUUGGUUGUGUCCAAAUACAAGCAGUUGCUCCAAUGUGAAUUUUGCAUUUCGUGGUGCAUGCAAUCGCUGUGGAAGUGCUCGUCCUGCUGGUGCUGCUGGUGCUGCAGGGGCUGGUGGCCGUGGUAGGGGACGUAAUGGGCAAGAUUCUGGAGGCACUGGCCGUCCAGUUGGUGGAGGACUGUUUGGUCCUAACGAUUGGCCUUGUCCUAUGUGUGGCAAUAUCAAUUGGGCAAAGCGAACAAAAUGCAAUAUUUGCAAUACAAAUAAGCCAGGUCAUAGUGAGGGUGGUGUAAGAGGAGGGCGAGCUGGAGGUUACAAAGAGCUUGAUGAAGAAGAAAUAGAGGAAACUAAACGACGCAGGCGGGAGGCUGAAGAUGAUGGUGAGUUGUAUGAUGAAUUUGGUAAUCUUAAGAAGAAAUUUCGUGCGAAAACACAGCAAGCUGAAGCUGCAAGAGUGCUUCCUGGAUCUGGCCGUGCUGGAUGGGAGGUUGAGGACCUAGGGAUUGACAAGGAUGGGCGAGAGAGGAGCAGAGACAGGGGAAGGGAACGUGAUGAGGUGGAGAACCGGAACCGAGAUCGACAUGACCGAGAAAGGCAAGGCAUUCGGAAUGUAGACAGGGACAGAGGGAGAGAUCGAGAUUGGGAUUAUGAUGACCGAAAUAGAGAUUAUGGGAGAGAUAGGGAACGAAGUAGACACCGUCAUUAAAGAUGGCAGCAACAGUUUUUUAAGCAUCGUCUACCUUGACUAGAACUGGUUAUGUUGCCUUUCUUUGUUAGGAGGUUUCAAUUGAAUCCUUGAAUUUGGAAUACUGCCGAAUUCUUGAAUGGAAACAGCGUCUUUUCAUGGACAAAAAAGUGACUAUAUUUUAGUUCUUUUUUGGGUGAA